AUGGAUACUGCUAUUACUACGACUGCUAAUACUAUUGCAGGUAUGACAUUAUCGUCUUCAGUUUCUGAAAGCUUGUAUAAUCAAACAUUAAAUAUACUUCGUUCGAGUGAAAAUACGCUAUGUCACAUAGUUGAACAAUUAAACAGCGAAUCAUUACAAUCAUCUUCUACACUGGAUGAUUUAACACAAUAUCGUAAUUUUUUUCGACAUGAAAUCAAAUCAGUUGAAAAGUUAGAGUUACGUAUGGCUAUUGUUGGUACUAUGAAAGCUGGUAAAUCAACAAUAUUGAAUGCAAUUAUGGGUUAUGAUUUAUUACCAUCAAGAAAUACAGCUAUGACAACGUUACCGACAGAAAUAUUAUUCAGUCAACAUACUAAAGAACCACAGUUAAUAUUAAAAUCAGAACUAAUAACUAUGAUUCAUGAGAUUGGUAGACAAUUGCAAUUAAAAGAUAAUCAAUAUAAUUUAGAAAUUCGAUUGCGAAACGAAGAAGAUUUAAUUAAAAUGGUGAAGAAUAUAUCGACCGGUGAUCUGAUGAUUUUAGCAACAGAAACAUAUGAAAAUUCAAAAAUUGUUGACAGUCUAAAAUAUAUUAAUGAUGUAGUACGUAUAUCAAUUAUGCUAAAUAUAGAAAACUCAAUCAAUUAUACAUGGAUCCCUCGUCUAAAAGUGCCACUACCGCAUGCAUUUUCGUGCCCACAAGGUGAAUUCAUAAUUAUUGAUACACCAGGACCGAAUGAUAGCAAUUUAUCUGCUCACUUGAGACAAAUUGUGAUUUCAGAACUGCGAAAAGCUACAUUAAUAUUAGUUGCACUUGAAUUUAUUGGAUCGAAUUCCAAUGACGAAGCAAAACUUAAAGAAGAUAUCGAAACUAUACGUGAAUAUAGAAACACUGAUAGUACAGCGUAUCUAUAUGCAUUAGUUAAUAAAGUUGAUCAACGUAUAGAAGGUAAACAUAAUUCAAUUGAACAAACGAAGGCUGCAGUAGCAAUGAAAUAUAAAAUACCACUGACUAAUGUUCAUGAAAUAUCUGCUAUGAACGCAAUACUAUCAUAUACAUUUCGUCAAGAAUAUGAAGAACUUGGAAAGAAGUCGGAUGUUACACAUGAAACAUUGAUGAGCAAAACAAAGUCUUAUAAAAUGUUUAUGCAACAAGCCUUGGGUCAAGCAUGGGAACAAGCUGCAGAGUAUAUCAACGUGACGUUACUACCAAAUAUUGCUGAAAAAUUAUGGAAAAAAUCAAAUUAUGAUUCUUUUUUACACAAUGCAUUGGGUAUAGUUAGUCAACAUGUUGUGCCAAUCUGUUUAACAAUGGCACUGCUGAAAUGCAAUUAUUACAUAGAAAAGUGCUAUGAAAAGAUUAAUAUUAGGAAAUCUUGUUUGGAUAUUGGUGAAAAAACAUUGUUUGAAACUGUAAACCGUUUGAAGAAAGAACAACAACAACUUGAUUCGAGCCGCACGGAAGCAGAAAAAGAUCUUCGUCAAUGGCAAAGUAACGUUGUUGAAUAUAUAAAAAGCCCGUUUGAUGAGGCCAGAAGUAAAAGUAUGCAGUCUGUGGCCGAGAUUCUUGACGAUAAAUCGACGAGACAUAACCAUUGUCAUUGGAAAAAAUUACUUCAUGGCAAAGAUAUAUUAUACUUUAGCGCAAAAGAGGAAGCAGACUUAUUUUUCGAAACAUUUUUCCACAGUAUAAAAGAUAUCAGCGAAGAUUUAAUGCAUGCAUUGAGCCGAGAUAUAAACUCACAAAUAACUAGAAGGUGUUUAGCUUUCAGAAAACAGCUACAAUCGAUAACUAAUGAUAUUUGUGAGAGUAUUGGCAUGCGUCUAAAAUUAUUACUUGGUUUUGAAAUUAUUCCAUUGGAAAGUUCAUCAAAUCCAUUGAAUGUGGCCUAUUUAUCAAGAGCUCUGAUACAAACAGAAGUACCGAUAUGCCGUAGGCUUUGGUACUUUUUGUGGUUGGUUAAAGGCACAUAUAAAUUAAAAGUUAACCAAUUAUCAAAGAAGCAAUUAGAACAUGUUGCGAUAGACGCAUUGCAAGACAAUUUAAAAGAAGUAGAACAGUAUGCAGCUGAUGAAGCAAAAGAACGAGUAGAAACUGUAUUUAGUUCACAUUUCGAUUCAAUCGACAGGUAUUUGUUAGAACAAUCCAAUAAUAUACGAGCAGCCAUUGAUGAUAAAAAGGUUGAAAGAAACGUUAUUGAAAGACAAUUUGAUUUGAUUUUGAACGAAUUAAAUGAAAAUAAGGAAAAGAUUCAAAAUACAUUGCAAGCAGUCAACACAUAUUUCAGACAAUGA